AUGGAACCAUUUGUAAUAUUCAUCAUCGUAGCUGUCUCAAUAUUCGCCUCUGUUUUAAUGUUGAGUCUAUUGUGCCGAGCAGUAGGAGCAAGUUCAGGAUCUGAUGGUGGUGGUUUUAUCCAUCGCAAUAACCAUCAUCAUCAUAUUCAUGGUGGUAUUGUAGCGGGUGGGAUUAUUGGGGUCGAUGCUGGUGGUGGAGGAGGUGGGGGUGGAUGCGGCGGUGGUGGUGGUGGAGGAGGUGGGGGUGGUGGUGGAGCAUGUUAA